AUGUACAACUGGACAAGGUGUCAAGACGCACAGGUCCGGCACAAGGCGAGAACGCGCCGUCUUGUGCCCGAAAAGCCCCCGGUUCCAAGUAGGACGCACAUGGCGAGACCUAGCUGGCAUUUUCACAAUGCAGAAUCGAGGCCUCUGCCCUGGCUGGGCGGCGUGAACCCUAGCAGCACAUCCUGUUUGACCCUUCUCGAUUAA